GCAGCCUGCUGGGUUCCAGUGUCAAUGUUCAGGUUCUCACGCCACAUAUUAAACAGGGACCAGGACACAGCACAGAUUUUCCAGUAGAACAUCAUGAGCUCCAGCACGGCCCUGUACUCCAACGUGAGGCACUGCAGCAGUGCCCGUGGCAUCUUUGCAGAUGUUGACUGCAACUCCAAGAAGAGACGCUACGUGCGCAAAGACGGCAGCUGCAACACAGCCUUCCAAAAUGUCCCCGGUGAGUGGCAACGGUACGUGGUUGACAUCUUCACCACACUGGUGGAGAUCCGCUGGAGAGUCAUGUUCUUGACUUUCGCCCUGUCCUACAUAUUGUCCUGGCUCCUAUUUGGGACCCUGUAUUGGGUCAUCGCGCUGGCUCACGGCGACAUGAAUGACCUGACCAGUGAGCCAUGCGUCUACGAGGUCCACAGCUUCACUGCGGCGUUCCUCUUCUCCCUUGAGACGCAGUCCACCAUCGGCUAUGGCGCUCGAGGCAUGUCCGAGAACUGCAUGGUGGCCAUCGUCGUCGUCACCAUCCAGGACAUCAUCAGCAUCUUCAUCGACACUUUCAUAAUAGGAAUCGUUGUGGCCAAGAUGGCGUCAGCCCGGAAGAGAGCCCAGACGGUUGGCUUCAGCAACACCGCAGUGAUAAACCUGCGCGAUGGACACCUGUGUGUAUCCUGGAGGGUAGGGGACUUCCGUCGUAACCACGUGCUAGAGGGCAUUGCCCAAGCCCAGCUGAUACGACAAUUGGCAUGCACAACUGGCAAAAUUGACAUAUCCUACAAUGACUUAGAGAUACAAACCAAACAUAUAAUUCUUGCCAUGCCAGCCACCAUUGUCCAUAGAAUCAGUCCCAGCAGUCCUUUCUACAAGAUGAGUCUGCAGGACCUGCAGAGAGAGAGUUUUGAGCUGGUGGUGUCUUUCACCUACAUAGACGACCUCAGUGGGAUUACCCACCAGACGCGUACCUCCUACAUCCCCAGUGAAAUAAUGUGGGGUCAGAGGUUUCAGGAAAUGCUCAAAGUUAACAGGAAGUACUACAAAGUAAACUAUUCCCUGUUUCACCAAACCAUUAAGGUUCCAUUGCCUGAAAUCAGCGCAGAAGAAUUUGAACAAAGCAAGCCUUCCCAAAGCCCUAAAUACGAGCUGCCACAUGCCAACCCACUGACAUUAUCUGUGGAGAUAUGAUUGGAAGAAAUCCUGGGUUAAAAAAUGCAUAAUAACCAGAAAUGCUAUUCCAGAAGCUAAACCACAAUCAAGUACUGGACCUAAAGGAUAAUGCAACGCCUAGGCUACAUCAAAUAGACAUCACAUAGGGUAUUGCUUGUGUAGACAAUAGCAUUCACUCACAACACAGAAUGGUCUGUUUAAUGCUAAAAUAAAUACAUCACAUCAUGUAAGUGCAUUGUCACAGAUGUUAUUUUCUUCAAAACUUCAAAACAAGAACAUCCAUAGAACUCAUCUACUGGUAGGCUUCUGAACAUACAGCCUAGUAAAGAUGCCUGCAUUGAAAGAUUAUCAAGAAUAUCAUUUUUUUUUUUUUCAGAUACAUUUUGACAGGUGGGAUCAGUUCCAAAAUGUGUUUGAUGGAAAAUGAUCAAAACUGCAAACAUUAAACAUAAACCAAUAACUAAUGGAUGAAUUAAUUAAUGAAUACAAAGAUGAAUAUGAAUAACCAAUCUUCACCAAACCACACAAUCGCUUUGGGUCUAAACAUUGUCUAUUAGGCUCAGCCCAAAGAAUAUGUGGGUCUAGAAUCAUCGCAAAGGAAAGAUUAACCAAGAUCAGCCCUGUGAGGCUUCUGGGACCCUGGGAGGCUUCUGGGAUGCAGUGCAUGGUGUAGGCACGGCUGUGACUCUUUCGCACAUUCCUCAUCAUUUCUCACAUCUAACUGCACCUUUUCCAUUUUGAUUAUUAAAAGCAUGCAUUUAAAUGUUACUACAAUAUAAUGCACAAUGUCUAAUGUGGGGAGAAAACAGGCUGACAAAGACCCAGAAGGAACUUCACCACCUGUGACUAUCAUAAACAUGGCAGAGAUUAGCUGGCUCCUGGAUGAACGGGGAGCCGCACUCCCCGCCGACUUUGACUCCUCUUUAUCAUCACUGGCAUCUAAAUUAGACAACAUCCAUUCUACAGUGUCUGAUCGUGGACAGCCCCACACCUCCCCUUGAAUCCAGUGUCACAGAUUUUGCCCUACAACUACAGCAGCUGCAGGUGUCUGGCUCUACCUUACAGGAACGCAACAGCACCUGGACAACCACAGCAGAUGUCAGAACAUUCAUGUUGUUAGCGUACCUGAGUCGGAAGACCAGCGUCCUAUAAAGGUUUCCUCUCCGAUCCUUCUCAGUGUGAUCCUUGGCAGUCGAGUCCCCCCACUCAUCCAGUGCCGGACAGAGCCCACUGAAGCCUCACACCCAAAGCUGGUCCGCAAGGCAAACCAUGGCCCAUCAUUCUUUGAUUUAGCUGGUAUGAGAUUAAUGGUUGAGUGAUCCAUGAGGCUCUACAGUGAUGAGAGCUGUUGUUCCAGGGGUGCUAAAUCCAUUUCUUCAAGGACUACAGCACAGAUGUUAUAUAGCAGCAAACCAAAUACAAACCCCUCAUGGCUCAGCUUUACAAAAAUAGUUUCCAGCAUGCACUGCUUUAUACAGCCAAAGUACACAUUACACUGCAGUCUGGUGAGAAGAAAUGGCUUCAGUCCGCUCCAGAGGCCAGUAACUUUCUCAGCACACUGAAUGACCCUGGGGAAUCAGGUUCUACGUAGUGCUGUAGGUGAUAAUCACCAUUAUCUUUUGUGAGUAUGCUAUAAGGAGCAGAAUACACUAGAUUGCUUAUUUAUGUUAUAACUGCAUACUAACAAGUCUAAAAUAUGGCUUCACUUUAUUUUAUUAGGUCACUUUCGAACCAUAAUAUCUUGACUCAGGUGACUUGGUCAGUUCAGUUCUACUGUUAAAAACGAGGCUAUUGCACUCACUGCACUUACUGUAUUGCUUUUUUCCUUAAGCCGCAACCACAAUCUUUUAUUAAUUUACAGAUUCUUAUCAUUUUAUAUUUUGCUCUUUUUUUCAGAGAUACUUAUGUCUGUGAGGUUAGGUUUAAACUGUAGUGGUAUGGGGGUCAUAGGAGUUAAGAACUAAAGGACGUAGUUUAUUCUACUGGAGUUGUCCCCUUGCUGACUGCACUUCCAGUUGUGUGCUUGGGGGAUGGGGUGAUGAAGUGUGGCUGCCCUUUUGUUUGCUAAAUUCUUCAUUGUUCCAUGUUAUUUACGCUGUCGUUGCAUUUUCUCUUCUCUUUUUACUUUCUCCCAUUGUUACCUCAAACA